AUGAAACGACGAAAGAUUGCCAACGGCACUGCAGUGCGAGUCUUGCCAUCGGUCCGGCGUUCGCAUUCGAACAAUGACUUCACCACAAUGCUUCCGAACGAGAUACUACAAGAGAUCUUCAAGUUCGCCCUACCCGACGCGCCGGACAGUUCUACACGAAUUCCUCGCGACGUCAGGGCCAAAGAUGUGCUCAGUCUCGCCCCUCAUUCGUUAUUGCGCGUCUGCAAAAGAUGGCGAGACAAUUGCAAGACUCUGCCUUCCCUAUGGACGGUCCUACACAUCCCGGACGUCCCCACCGAUAGAGAGGCGAGGGCACUCUAUGCGACUUGGUUCAUCACAUUGCUACUUCGAUCUCGAGACGAGCCUCUCUCCAUCUUCCUAUACAUAGACUCCAGCAAGAUCAUCGAUACACAUUCGGAUCAAUACCGCAUUCUCGAGGUGAUACUAUCUGAGGCACCUCGGCUGAGAGAUCUAUACUUCUCGUUGGGGGACGAAACCAGACUGGACAUUCGGUUACCUUGGGUGCCCGCACUACGGAAGCUCAGGACGUUUAACCUCUCCGACUCUGGUGCUCGAACCAUCCUUAAACCCAUCCUUUAUCGCGCUCUGAAGACCUCCCAGAAUCUCCGUCACCUCACCAUGGACCUCACCCCCGGUCUUCUGUCGAAGAUGCCCUGGGGCUCAGUGACCCACAUUGUCUUCUCUUCCAUUGCCUGGAAUGUCGAUGCUGUCAAAUUUAUGGAGGGGCUGAGAGCCACGACUAGGCUGGAAAGCCUCACGAUCAAGAAUUGCCAGAUGCAAUGGCUCGCCGAAACUAUGGAUAAUUUUUCCCUACCUUCUCUGACCUAUCUCGAUAUCCAUACGAACCUCUAUAACGUUCUCUUCUUCGAUAUUUUCGCUACGAUCGAAACUCCCAGACUCGAGGUGCUCAAGCUGCACUCUGACCGUUUCUUGGACACCUCCGUCAGGAGGCCAGGCGAGCCUAUCGACGAGGACGACGACUCCGAGAUUUGGACGUAUAGCAAAAAUGACUGCUGUUCCGCCUUCCACGACUUCAUCAAGAUCUGCGCUACUACUCUACGCAGCCUCCAACUGACCGGCAAACUAAGCGAAAUCCUACUCCUUCGCAUCCUCCGCAUCCUCCCGAACUUGACCGAGCUUAGUCUGCCGUCGUCUGCCUACACAGUCAGGGUCAUUCGGCAUCUCACUCUCCUUAUCAAUCCUGCCGGCGAACUGUACUCUGGACCUCACCCACAGAACCUCCGUUUGGUGGACAUCCGCGUUCAAGGAUACCCUUGUACGCCACAGACGUUCCACUACAACUUAUUCACAAACAUGAUGGAGUCGCGGAUGUGGCUUAACGGUCCAGCGAUGGGGUCUGGGAGGUUUGCGCAGUUGGAGAACGUUAGAUGGACGACGAACGUCAGAGUCUAUUGGAGGAUGAACUACCGGGAGCAGUACUACAAAUACAUGACCACGCUCCAUGGAAAUGUCGACUACGGUGGACACCAUAAAUAUUCUUUAGAUAGCCUUGCUAAACAGCGGAUAUAG